AUGCCCGGAGGUAAAAUCGGAUUGCCCUUCCCUCCAGAUGAGUGUGUUGUGCCCAAGGAGGACUUUCUCAAACACGCAAAUGAUGCUGUUACUUCUCCCGUCACCAUUAUUACCCCUCCUGAUGAUGCUGUUACUGCUCCCGCCACCAUUGUUUCCCCUCCUGAUGAUGCUUUUACUGCUCCCGUCACCGUUGUUACCACUUCUGAUGAUAAUGUUAAUGCUCCCGCGACCAUUGUUAACCAUCCUGAUGUUGCUGUUACUGCUAUCGUGACCAUUGUUACCACUCCUGAUGAUGUUGUUAUUGCUCCCGUCACCAUUGUUACCACUUCUUCUGAUGCUGUUACUGCUCCCGUUACAAUUGUUACCCAUCCUGAUGAUGCUGUUACUCCUCCCGUCACCAUUGUUACCCCUCCAGAUGAUGCUGUUACUUCUCCCGUUACAAUUGUUACCCCUCCUGAUGAUGCUGUUACUUCUCCCGUCACCAUUGUUACCCCUCCAAAUAAUGCUGUUACUUCUCCCGUCACCAUUAUAACUUCCGACGUGAAAUUAUCAGACGCCCUGACGAGGCAACUGGAAACUUCUCGGCUCCAUGCUCAAUCAUAUGAUGAAUUGGUUACAAACGAAUAUAAAGUGUUGUCAGGUACAGAGGGUGCCAUUGCCAAUGCAGUCACGCCUUCAGAUGUACAUGUUUCCUCAUCUUCCCAAUCAGUAAAAGAAGCACAGAAAAAACUUACAGUCAUAUCAGAAAAUGUUGCAAUUCAGCAAAGGUCACUGCAGAUCGAGCUUGAACAAAAUCGGGAAAAUUUAAAGCGAAGCAAAGGACUCAAAGAACAAAAAGAAAAUGAAAUAAAAAAAUGUAAACAACGGAUCGAGCAUGAAGAAAGACAACAUGCACUGUAUACGGAAUUGGCUAAGGGUGCACAAGCUGACGUCGAUAAAUACGAAAAGAAAGGCAAUGAAGCUUUGGAAAGAACAAUGAUAAGCGGUGGUUUCGCCGCGACUGGAGGCCUAUUGCUUCUUGGAGCUAUUGCCGCACCCGUAACAGGAGGUUUGAGCCUGGCUGUAGCUGCUGGGACUGCCGGUGUUGGGGCGGGUGUAGCUGCUGGUGGGACAGUGUCUGCAGUCAUAAACGGGGUGGAAUACGCUGAAAUGAAAGAACAAAUUAAAACAUACACGCAAAAGGCGAACGAAGCGAGAGUUAACCAAGCACAAUGCCAAAUGGAAGGAGCUGAGUUGGAAAGAAAUAUUAAAAGCCUAGAACAAGAAAUAGGCUCUGCAGAAGAAACCAUGAAAGAUGUCCAGAAUAUGCUAGACAUCUACUUCCUUUUAGUAACAGAAUUGCACCAGGUUUUAAAACGAUUUCAGGAAACAGACGUAGCUAUGCACGCAGCCGCAAUUGAAACAGAAUAUUUCCGGAAAAUUCAGAGAGCGUUUACGAAACAUAGCAAUCACACGGGAAAAUUCGAUAAAUAUAUGAACAAUCUAAAGGAAAAGUGGCGUGAAAUGCAGGACGUCAUUCAUUUUCAGCACAAAAGAAUGAUACAACCAUAAUGCAAGCUAAUGAAAAGCGUGAAAAAUAAAUUGACAUAAUUGGACAAUUAUAACACGUUGAUGUUCAGUUAUAUGAUAAAAAAUAUCAACCUAAAUCGAUUAUCAUGUUAUCGCCUUCAUAGUUUUGUAGCCAUUUCAACAACAUUUAUGAAUUAUUACCAUAACUUUGUACCAUGCGUAGUGGCGGCCAUCAUUCUUAGAAAAUCUUCAACUGUUAUGGAACACUUGCUAAAAAUUGCUAAGUAAAACAAACGCAUAGUUCUGUUCUAGAAUAGUCCGGAUGUUAAUUGGAGCAGAAUUAUUUUUUUAUUUCUUACAAAUACAUGUAUAGCUUUCACAAUUAUUUAGACGUUAAAUUGACCACGAAUACGCCUCUGUAUUGAAAUCAAUGGAAAUAACAUUGAAGACAAAUUAACAUAUUUGCUGAGUGUAUCUACCCAAAAAUGAUAUUGAUACCACUUUGAUCUUUUAUGAACUAAUUCACUAUACCAAAAUAUGUUGACCUUUUUUACAAAUGACAUCACACAGAUGCUUAAUUAUCUCAGGUUAACUUAAACUAAUAAUACGUUCAUUUCGCCUCAUUGUAUUUCAGCUUUCAAAAAAGUAGUGGAGUGAUGUUGUAGCGCAGUUCGAAAAAAAUGCGAUAUCAUAUUCAAUACAACAGUUUAUUUUAACCAUUGCUUUACACGGUGAUUUAAGUAUACUAUUUGACUGCAUAGAUUAAAACAAGUGUUAGGCAGAAUAUCGCAAAUAGCUAUCGGUUAUUGUCGAAGUCAGCCCAACCAUGCAGACUGGAGUGUUUCAUUGACAGAUGAUGUUGAUAUCUUGUCGUUAAGUAUCUGUAGUCAUGCUUAUUAGUGAAUUUGCUGUUGUUUAAAUAAAUCAUUGCCUUAUGCUGAUUCCGAAAAGGUAAUAAUGUUAGUGAAAGUGAGAGGUUGUACGCUGUGAAAAUGGUAAAACACCUGACUAGUCAACGCAAAUAUUUGUGCCUAUUAGAAAUAAUAUGGUAUAUGUCAUUUUGUUUGGUAACGUUAUUUUUAUUUCAUAUAUGUAUCGUGUUUGUUUGACCAUGAUCUAAGUUGCAACGAAGUAAAUGUGCAACCUUUGACUUGAUUUCACAACAAUCCCUAUUGUAUUCCUGUUUCACUGACCGAUCCAAGGCGGUAAUCCUAUCUUUUGUUAAGGAAGAUAUCUAUAUUCCUUCCUACGUAGUAUUUUUCCCCGUUUUGUCAUAUUUGUGUCUCUCGUUUGGUGAAUAUUUGGCCUUAACCUUAUGUUUUAUCAUGGUUAUUGUAAACAUGUGUUGAUAACAUGGUUAUCCCUGAAUAUUUCAUUGCAAUAUCAAUACUAUUUCCUUUUUCGUUACGGCAACAUAAGAGUUGAGAAGAAUUAGUGCCAAUUGCUAAUUUGAUGGCUGGUCUUACAAAAGCAUAGUUUGCGUUACAUGGAGCAAUAAUUCGACUGUGACUGUACAUACGGCUAUACAAUUAUUUAUGCUUUAAUUCAUUUAAAAUGUAUUACAUAUGUUACCAACACUUCUUUUUUAAAAUAAGUUAAAGUUUGUAAAUAAUAUUAAGCACAAUAUGUAUGUAAUAUUUGUGUUAAAACAUUUAGCUAUAUUUACUUUAAUCAAAUACAUUUCAUUUCUGUUGUGCUAUUUUCUGUUCUGUCAAAUAUGCACGUUUUAAUAAAGUAUUUACC